AUGAGUUUUCCAAAUCCCGCCACCUCCGUCAAGCUUGUCUUGCUUGGAGAAGCUGCUGUGGGAAAGUCAUCUUUAGUUUUGCGCUUUGUUAGCAAUGAUUUCCAAGAAAAUAAAGAACCUACAAUCGGUGCAGCAUUUUUGACACAGAAGUGUACCAUUGGCGAAAGAACAAUCAAGUACGAGAUCUGGGACACUGCCGGUCAAGAGCGGUUUGCCUCCUUGGCUCCAAUGUAUUACCGUAAUGCCCAGGCCGCCAUUGUAGUUUAUGAUAUCACCAAGCCUGCUUCUUUCAUUAAAGCUAGACACUGGGUGAAGGAGUUACACGAACAGGCUUCCAAAGAUAUCACCAUAGCAUUGGUCGGCAACAAGUAUGAUUUGGUAGAGGACGAUACCGAAGAAGAGAGCUUGAGAAAGGUGUCUGUGGAAGAGGGUAAAGGUUUGGCCGAAGAGGAGGGACUCUUGUUUUUUGAAACCAGUGCUAAAACGUCGUAUAACGUAAACGAUGUUUUCAUCGGAAUAGGCUCCAAGAUUCCCGAGGCAGCUUCGGCUGGCCCAAACCAGAUCCACCAGACCAACAACGAUGGCAGAAUCGACUUGACUUCUGACCCCAACAAUAGACCUAGAGCUGCUGGCGACUGUGCAUGUUAG